GCCCUCCUCGGACUCACUUCCCGAGUGGAGCGGCGCAUGCGCUAGGUGCCCGGGAGCUCGCGAGGAAGGCCAGGUUCUCCCUCCCCUCCCAGGAUGCCCCGCGGUUCCGGGUGUGACGUCAAGGGAGGCGUGUCCACAGGGCUGAUUAAAUUAACCGCGCUACAUAGAAGAGGGAGACCCCCACGCGAGUCGCAGGGAGGGUGUGUUGUAGUUCGGGUUCGGCGUGAGGUCUUCUCUCUGGAAAGAGACAGGGAAACCUGAGGCGGAGGGGGUUGCCAUCGCGACGCGGCCCGAGUUUCGCGUCCAGGUUAGGCGCAGGCGCAGACGCGGCGGGAGAGGUCCCCGAGACCGCCGGCAGACUGAGCGCUGCUGCUGGGGAGCUGCUCCCGGGAUCGGCGGCCCCUCGGGCUUGGGGUCCUCCGUCGCGGCCAGAGACCCAACACCGCGAGGGCGGCUUGCCCGGGACUGAGGAGCGCGGACGGACCCGAACCACCGAUCGUCACCCAUGGCGGCCCUCGGCCCCAGCACCCAGAACGUCACCGAGUAUGUCGUUCGAGUUCCCAAAAACACAACUAAAAAAUACAACAUCAUGGCCUUCAACGCAGCUGAUAAAGUCAACUUCGCUACCUGGAACCAGGCCCGGCUGGAGCGAGACCUGAGUAACAAGAAGAUUUACCAGGAGGAAGAGAUGCCCGAGUCCGGCGCGGGCAGCGAGUUCAACCGCAAGCUUCGUGAGGAGGCGAGGAGGAAGAAGUACGGCAUCGUCCUCAAGGAGUUCCGGCCCGAGGACCAGCCCUGGCUGCUCCGCGUCAACGGCAAAUCGGGCAGAAAGUUCAAGGGCAUAAAGAAGGGAGGUGUGACAGAGAACACGUCCUACUACAUCUUCACCCAGUGCCCCGACGGGGCCUUCGAGGCCUUCCCGGUGCACAACUGGUACAACUUCACGCCGCUGGCCCGGCAUCGCACGCUCACUGCCGAAGAGGCCGAGGAGGAGUGGGAGCGGAGAAACAAAGUCCUGAACCACUUCAGCAUCAUGCAGCAGCGGCGGCUCAAGGAUCAGGACCAGGAUGAGGAAGACGAGGAGAAGGAGAAGCGCAGCCGCAAGAAAGCCAGUGAGCUGCGCAUCCACGACCUGGAGGACGACCUGGAGAUGUCGUCUGACGACAGCGAGGCCAGUGGCGAGGAAGGUGGCCGAGCGUCCAAGGCCAAGAAGAAGGCACCCCCCGCCAAGGGGGGCAAGAAGAAGAAGAAGAAGAAGGGCUCCGACGACGAGGCGUUCGAAGACAGCGACGACGGGGACUUCGAGGGCCAGGAGGUAGACUACAUGUCCGACGGCUCGAGCAGCUCCCAGGACGAGCUGGAGGGCAAGCCCAAGGUCACCCAGCAGGAGGAGGGCCCCAAGGGCGUGGACGAGCAGAGCGAGAGCAGCGAGGAGAGUGAGGAGGAGAAGCCGCCGGAGGAGGACAAGGAGGAGGAGGAGGAGAAGAAGGCGCCCACGCCUCAGGAGAAGAAGCGCAGGAAAGACAGCAGUGACGAGUCGGACAGCUCCGAGGAGAGCGACAUCGACAGCGAGGCGUCGUCCGCCCUCUUCAUGGCGAAGAAGAAGACGCCCCCCAAGAGGGAGCGGAGGCCGUCGGGAGGCAGCUCGCGGGGCGACAGCCGGCCGGGCACACCCAGCACGGAGAGCGGCAGCACGUCGUCCACGCUGCGGGCCGCGGCCAGCAAGCUGGAGCAGGGCAAGCGGACGAAUGACACGCCGGUGGCCAAGCGUUUGCGGCUGGAGCCGGGACCCCAGAGCCUGUCGGGGAAGUCGACCCCUCAGCCCCAGUCCGGGAAGUCGACCCCCAGCAGCGGGGACGUGCAGGUGACCGAGGACGCCGUGCGCCGCUACCUGACGCGCAAGCCCAUGACCACCAAGGACCUGCUGAAGAAGUUCCAGACGAAGAAGACGGGGCUGAGCAGCGAGCAGACGGUGAACGUGCUCGCCCAGAUCCUCAAGCGCCUCAACCCCGAGCGCAAGAUGAUCAGCGACAAGAUGCACUUCUCCCUCAAGGAGUGACGGCCCGGCGCCGCCCAAUAAACGAGCUCGGCUCCAGAA